GGGGUGGUAUGCCCCGCCACGUCCCCUAAACUCUGGGUACAAUGGUUUGGUCCCAUCACAUGACACUAGGUCUACUGCUAACAUGAGAUUCCGGUUUUGUGGGGAUUUGGACUGCCCAGACUGGGUUCUUGCCGAAAUCAGCACUUUGGCGAAAAUAUCAAGUGUCAAGAUGAAGCUCCUCUGUGUCCAGGUGCUGAAGGAUCUGCUGGGAGAGGGCAUUGAUUAUGAUAAAGUUGCAAAGCUGACUGCAGAUGCAAAGUUUGAGAGUGGAGAUAUCAAGGCCAGUGUAGCAGUGUUGACCUUCAUCCUCUCCCGUGCAGCCAAACAUGAUGUGGACAGUGAAUCUCUCUCCAGUGAGCUGCAGCAGUUGGGACUCCCAAAAGAACACACCACAGGACUUUGUAAAUCCUAUGAAGACAAGCACACAGCCCUGCAGGAGAAACUAAGGGAGAGCAGUCUGAGACUGGGUCGGUUGGAGGGCGUGUCCUGGAGGGUUGACUACACGCUGAGCUCCAGUGAGCUUCAGGAGGUUAAUGAGCCCACGGUGCAGCUCCGCCUCCAGGCCCAAGGGGCGGAGACUGGAACCACAGAGACCACCAUUGUCUCUGUGUCUGCAGGCAAGUUCAGAGUGCUGCUGACAGAACUAAAACAAGCACAAGCCAUGAUGAAUGCACUACAAUGAAGCAAGACUCUAAAGGUAUGGAAAAUACUCUGAAAAGGAAUAAUGAUGCAGUCAAUGGAUCAGGAGAAAGUCAAUCAAGAGUGCCAGACAUUGUGACCGAAUAUCAUACAGGAUGAGUGGACCAUGAUCUUUUUGAACGUAUUUUGUACAUUAUGUGUUUAUUAUUCUUUAAAUGUUAUUAAAUAUGUUGAUGUAUUUCUCAUUUGUCCACGUCAAAUCUACUAAUCUAUUUUCUUGAAAAUAAAAUAAAAACUUUACAAUUAACAAAUG